GUAUAAAAGCAGCUGCAGAUUCAGAUUUUGAGCUCAUCGUUCCUUUCUCCUCUUUCUUUCUCUUUUUUCUAUAUUUCUCCUCUCUUCCCAUCUUCCUUCCUCACCACUAGCACUUUUUUCCCUGGUCCCACUAUUUGUUAUUAGUAAUUCCUUUAUUCAUCACACAUAAUCGCAUUUAUACUGUCACAACUGCAGCUUAGUCAAAUCUGCUGAUCUACGCGAAUUAGCUCGAGUGUUUCCCGAAGGUACAAAGUAUUCGAUUACAGGAAUUAGUAAACUUGGUAUCCUCUCUCAAGGCAACCAACCCAUAAAUCAGUAAACAGUCAGAGCAAAGACGACUGGGACGACAAAAUAGGCAGACGAACACCAGGGCCUUUACCAUAUACUACACCACUUUAUAAUACAACAAAUAUAAGCCAUGUCCCGCCACGAUAGUGACCACGACGAGGACGAGGAGUACGAGAACCUGGGCAAAUCUCGUGACCAGGACGAUGACUCUGAUAUGGAGGAGGAGUCACCCAGACAGAGAAGCAGCAAUAGUAGUAGAAAGCAUCGUCGUAACAAGAAACGUGAUGAUGAUGAUGAUGAUGAUGACGAUGAUGAUGAUGAUGACGACGACGAGGAGGAGGAGGAGGAUGAAGAAUAUGAAGACGAUAAUGUAUCUAAACGCAGCAAGAAACAAAAGCGUGCACACAAUCCUUAUCUUGAUAUGGAAGCCGAAGUUGAUGACGAGGAUGAGGAUGAAGAGGAGGACGAGGAUGAAUAUGGCGCUGGAGAUGGUUUCAUUGCAGACGAACAGGAUGAAGCAGCGGAAGCAACGAGGGCAUCUAGACAUCUAGAUUUGGACCGUAGACGACGCGAAGAAGACGAUGUAGAUCUGGAAGAACAAGCUGCCCGAUUUAAAGAAAGAUACGGCCGACGUGAUUAUGCGCCCCGCAGAGCAUUCCAAGGCCAGCAAGAAGAUAUUCCUCAGCAACUGCUCAUGCCCGAUGUCCAAUCACCACAUCUCUGGAUGGUUCGCUGCAAACCUGGCAAAGAAAAGGACAUUGUCUUUUCACUCAUGCGAAAGUUCUUUGAUACUGAGUAUUCGGCGCAACCACUCGAAAUCUCCGCAGUGUUUUGUCGCGAGUCGCUCAAAGGCUAUAUCUAUAUUGAGUGCUUACGUCAAGCUAACGUCCAAGCUGCUCUUCAAGGACUCAACAAUGUCUUUGCAGGAAGGCUGACACUUGUACCAAUAAAGGAGAUGACAGAUGUGCUCAAAGUCAAACACAAAGAGUCUGAGAUUCGACCCGGAACCUGGGUUCGUAUCAAACGUGGAAAGUAUGCCUCGGAUCUUGCACAGAUUUUAGAUAUCGCAGACUCGGGAGAUAUGGCCAAGGUCAAGCUUAUUCCUCGUCUGGACAUGACACCUCGUUCAGAUUCAUCCUAUGGUCUUGGAAAUAAUAAGCGCAAACCACCCAGCAACGUACUCGCAGCGAGACCUCCACCGAAACUGUUUAAUGCUCGAGAAGCAGAAAAAGUGGAUAAGCUCAACAAGCCCACGUCCAGAGGCAGAGGUGUGUAUGUUUGGAACAAUGAUGUUUUCCGAGAGGGAUAUCUUGAGAAGGACAUGAAAAUCUCCAGCCUGAUUACUGAGAACAUCAAUCCAACUCUGGACGAAAUCCAAAAGUUCGCCAAAGGCGGUAUUGAUGACGAAGAUGGCGGUUUGGACCUAUCCGCGGUUGCGUUAUCGGCUAUGGGUGCCUCGGUGACUAGUCAUUUCCAACCGGGAGAAAAAGUAGAAGUGACGGAAGGAGAGCUGAAGCAUGUCCAUGGUGUGGUUGACUCUGUGAGCAGCGAUAUGAUCAUGGUGCGUCCCCUUGCCGACGAUCUCAAAGGCAGCGUUCUUAAAUUUCCUCCAACACAACUUCGAAAGUUAUUCAAAGAGGGAGAUCAUGUGAAGGUUGUAAACGGCAAGUAUAAGGACGAGACUGGUCUGAUUAUUAAGAUCGAGGACAGCGUUGUCACUGUAGUUACCGACCUGAACGUCAAGGAUAUUCAGGUGUUUUCAAAGGAUCUUCAAAUGGCUGCCAAUGUCUCCACUGGAACAGGGACCAUCGGACAAUACGAGACACAUGAUUUCGUUCAGCUCGACGCAUCCACUGUUGGAGUCAUUUAUAAGGUCGAACGCGGGUUUGCUCGUAUCUUAGAUCAGAGUGGUCUUACGAGAGAAGUAGAACCUCAUCUCAUUACCCAGAAGCGGGACUCUUCACGAGCUAUUGCCACGGAUGGCGAGGGAAAUAGUAUUCAAGAUGGUGAUUCUGUGAAGGAAAUCGGCGGUGCUAUGCGUGAGGGUAAAAUUUUACAUCUAUUCAGGACAUUCGCCUUUAUCUAUAACAGAGAGUACAUGGAGAAUAACGGAGUGUUUGUGCAAUCGACGCGUCUUAUUGUCAGUAUGGCAUCCAAGAGUCGAUCUCAACCAGGCAUGCGUCUCGAUACUAUGAAUCCUGCUAUGAUGAACAUGAACCGUGGCGGUUUCAACGGACGUGGUGGCCGGGGUGGAGGCAUGAUGAUGGGUCGCGGACGAGGUGGUCGUGAUCCAUUGAUCGACAAAACCGUGACAAUUAUUCGUGGACCUCAUAAGGGCUAUCUUGGUAUUGUGAAGGAUGCGACUGAUACGACUGCCCGUGUCGAACUCCAUACCAACUGCCGUAUCAUUACAGUUGAGAAGGUCAAAUUAGCUAUUACAAAUGCCAAUGGAACUACGACGCCAGUAUCAAGCAUGGCAGAAAUGAACCCACCAUCCACUCCUCGUGCAGGCAGCUACGGUGGCUAUGGUGGCUACGGUGGUAUGACACCCAUGAGAGGAGAUAUGACACCCAUGCACUCUGGGUCAAGAACACCUGCCUGGAACUCGGGUUCACGAACACCUGCUUGGAACGCUGGUUCAAAGACUCCUGCAUGGAGUGCUAGCUCCAGGACGCCUAAUCCAUAUGCUGAUGGAUCUCAGACGCCAGCAUGGGAUGUCGGGUCCAAGACGCCUCGAUAUGGUGGCUCCUCUGCAUGGGAUAGCGGCAGCCGCUCUUCCAGUCAUGCUUGGGACUCUGGUAGCAGAACUCCGGCACGCGGGUCCGCCUGGGGUGAUUCAGAUUCUGGCUCUAGUAAUCAAAAUAACGGAAGCUCCGGAUCUGGAGGAUACAAUGCUUGGGGCGACAAGGCAGACUCUGGAUCUGGAUCUGGCAGUUUCCCUCAGACACCUGCUGCCAGUGGGGACUGGAUGAACCGCAGCGUGUCCACGCCAGGGCCCUUUGGGGCACCCUCACCAGCACCUUUCUCAAAUUAUCCUUACACCCCUGGACCUUCAUCCAGCUAUGACUCUGCACCCACACCUAGCAGCAACAAUUUCCCUCAAACCCCUGCAGCUUCUUCAUUAGGAUCUAGUGGUGGUCAUGGUGGUUCACAUGCCAACAGCAAUGGUGGAUCACAUGCUGCAAGUGUUACGACGCCUGGCGCAACACCAGCUGCCUCCAAUUCUAGGCUACAGUCGAUGUCUACUCCUGGUGCAAAUCAAACCCCUCAAACACCAGCAGGUCCUUCUGCGCCUAUGACACCUGCUAGUCACUUUCCGCAAACACCUUUCAUGCCAACAGGAGGGGACUACUCCGGCAUUGACUCACAUGGUGGCCAGGUUCCUGGGUAUGGUUCGGGAGCAGGAGGCGCAAAUGGGUCCAAUGCACCGUCGUAUGACUGGGCCACAACAGACAUCGAGGUCAAGAUUACGAGUAGUCAAGAAGGUUCAUCAUUCGAAGGAGGCAAGUACAAUGAUAUGGUGGGCCGAACCACCCGAGUUCCGCCAAGGAACGCAUUGUCAUCUACGGCAAUGUGUGAUGUCCAUCUGAUGGGCGGAGCAGAGGACGGCAAGACUGUCCAAAUCCCAAUACAGUAUCUCAAACCUGUGGCGCCUGUCAAGAAUGAUGGUGUCAAAGUUUUGUCUGGUGAGCAUCGUGGUGCAUUGGGCACUUUAAUGGGCGUUGAUGUGCAGGAUGGAAUUGUCAGCUUGAGGGGUGAGAACAUGUACAAGGUGCUGACAAUGUCAGUCCUGGGCAAGUACCUUGGUAAAUAGAGUCUAGCUUUAUCACAUUUGUUUUUUGCAUCGCUAAUCAAUUAGGAAAACUGGGUCAAAUUGUUUAUUACUACAAACUAUGAAGAAUGCAUCAAUGAAGGCUUUUUUUUUUCUGUCGGCGGGACAAUUGUUGUUAUUAUUAGUAGUAUUAUUAUUAUUGCUAUUUGAACUUUUCAAAGCUGGGAGAGUUUAGGAUUAAUAGACUAUCUUCCUGUUUCCGUAUCCAUUUGAGAAGCUUAUUGGACAUG